ACAAAAGGUAUGCGGCCCAGAGUGCUUUCCUGCUCUCACUCAGGUCCCUAACCAGCAUCUUGGCCAACCUUCCAGGCCCAAACUCGUCUCCUUGGACCUGGGCUUCAAUGACUUGACAGACCUGCAGAGCAUGAUAACAGGUCUCAGCACCUUGCGGCAACUGAGGCUGCUGAUACUGCAGGGGAACCCACUGGCCCUGGUGCCUUACUACCGAGGCUUUACUGUGGACAGCCUGGCACACCUCUGUGUGCUGGACGACGUCAUCGUGUCUCCCAGCGAGAAGCACCAGUUCCGGGGACUCAGCGUUCAUGGUGACCUGUUGGCACAUGAGGCACAGUUUGUGGUAACCAUUGGAAAUGUCAGGGGGGCUAUGGACUCCUCUGUCUUGGACCCAGAGCCAGGACCUGAGGGCCCUUUCAUCAGCUACAGCUAUUAUGUGACCUAUGACUUUGUGGAAGAUGAAGACAAUGAAGGGAAUGCGUUCCGCAACAGGAUGAGGGAGACACAACCUGAAAGUGAUCUGGCUGAGAUUGCCCAGCCCGCCUCCAGCAUGGAGCAGUUAGAUGAGGAGGUUCAUGAGGAGGACCAACAGGAUCUGUUGGAGGACCAUCCAGGGACCCAGCACGGACAGUCUCGCCUGACCCGCCGUGGUGUCCGCCAGGGGAUUCCAGAGUCUCCCGAGGGCAUGUCCAAGGAGAUGGCUGAGUUUUUAGCUGAGGAGAUGGACGAGGAGUCUGGGAUAGAGUCUGGGAUAACAGAUAUGGAGGAGUCAGAGACAACCAUUUCCAUCCACUCGGAGCCCCUGCCACAAUCGAUUAGCUCUUCAGAAGAACUGUCCAAGCUGCGGCCACGCAUUGAUACACGACUCUGUCCAUCCCCAGGGUAGGAGGAGAAGGCAAGGUGGCUGGGGGUAGGCGGAGCAUCCGUGGUUGCCACAGCCAGAGCUGCCCUUGCAGCUGAGCCACAAAGAGCCACCAAGGCUGUCUUCUCAUUAGUUAGCCUGUAGCUGUGAGCUAGUGGUAGCUUUGGGCUUAGUCCAGACCCUUUUCUGGAGCCCUAACUUCCCACUCAGUACAACUAGCUCCAGGCACCUGAGGGUAGAGGACAAAACUCUCCAAAAGAUUGACUCUCCUGUCAAUACAGCUUCCAUCUCAGCUAUUGGAAUCUGAUUCUUACAGCCAUUAAUUUUAAAAAACAAAAGACCCCAAAUCAAACAUGCUUAUUUUCUUUAUAUGUGUGUUUUUCCUGAACAAACAUGAGUGUACUGCCUAUGCGUCUGUUGCCGGAGGAGUCCAGAAGGUUCAGGAUCCUCUGGAACUGGAAUUAUAGCUGGUUGUAAACUGCCAUGUGCAUGCUGGGAACUGAACCUGGGUCUUCUAUAAGCAGCAGCUGGCAAUCUCUGAGCUAUGUCUCCAACUCCUUUUAGCUUUUCAAUCCAUCUGGGAUGUGUUCAUAUAAAAUGUAGCAAGGCACUCGCUUCAAGGCAAUAGGUUCUUUGUUUUGUUUGCAGUACUAGAGGCUGAAGCAAUGAGCCUAACCUCCUGGACAAGUGUUCUAUGGCAGAGCCCCAGCCCUUGUUUUACUCUGUGCUUAGAUACGAACACUCACUAAGUUUCCUAGGCCAACCUUGAACUUGGGGUCCUCGCUGAGUAGCUCAAAUUCCAGGUACCACCAGGCCUAACAACCAUGUUUUUGUUGCCUAGUCAACCCAAUUUUCAUGCAUGAGCAUGUGUAAACACACACACACACACACACACACACACAUGAGCAUGUACACGCACGCACGCACGCACGC